CAAACUAAGUUCAAUAAUGCAGAAUCAAUAUUUCUGUUUCUACACUCUUCUCUCUCGUUUUCUUCUUUCUACUCUACAGUAUCUUCUUAUUCUCUUAAGUCACUGAUUUUGUGACUAUCAUUUCUUCAAUCAAUUAAGUUCAUGGUAUCAGAGCCUCAAAGCCAAGUUCAUACAACUUUGAUUUGAUUCAAAAUUCCGCAAUUCUAAUUCAAUUCUGUUGUUUCUUGGUUGUAUCGAGAAAUUCAAGAACUGAAAAAUGAGUUUAAACAAUGAUCAAGAAGAUGAUUUUCGUCUGAACCAAACCGCUGGAGUAUCUUCUCAACAAGCAGGUAUGGAUUACAAUCACUCCCUGUUUCUUCAUCCUUCAGAUGUUAGCGGAAUACAGAUUAUCUCAUUUCAGCUGACUGAAAUUGAGAAUUACUCUGUUUGGUAUCGGUCUAUGCGUGUAGCGAUGCUAGGAAGGAACAAAUUAGGAAUGGUGGAUGAUUCUUGUAAGUAAGAAAGCUUUCCUGCCACUAUGUGGAAUUAUUGGGAGAGAGUAAACGUUAUUGUACUCUCUUGGGUCAUGAAUUCUGUGAAUAGUAGCCUUCUUGGUGGUAUAAUGUAUGCGUAUAAUGCUCAGGCAGUCUGGGAUAAUCUAUAUGAACGAUUCUAUAAAGUAGAUGAUGCAAGAACUUUUAACUUGCACAAAGAAAUUGCCACUCUUACUCAAGGGACUUCAUCUAUAUCAGUGUACUAUUCAAAAUUGAAGGACAUGUGGGAGGAAUUUGAAGCUUUAAUACAUGUUCCUGGUUGUGAUUGUCCAAGAUCUAGAGAUUUUGUGGUUUACUUACAGAAACUAAAAGUAUACCAGUUUCUGAUGGGCCUCAAUGAGUCCUAUGCCCAAGCUAGAGGUCAAAUUCUUAUGAGAAGCCCACUCCCAACAGUAAAUCAAGCAUACUCAAUGAUUAUAAGUGAUGAAAGUCAAAAGGCAGUGGCUGCUACUUUUGGAAUUUUGGGUGCAAAUCCAGCCAUUACUACAGAAAAUUAUGAUAUAGCAAUGUAUACAAAAAAUACGGGAAAUCAAAGGUAUAAAAGGAACUAUAAUGUUCAAUAUGACUUCUGCAAACUUAAAAGUCAUAACAAAGAAAAUUGUUUCAAGAUAGUUGGCUAUCCUCCAGAUUUCAAGUUUAAAAAGAAAGGGUCAAGAACCUACAAUGGUGGAGCAAGAGGUCCAACAGCUUAUAAUGUUCUUGCAGAAAUUCCAAAUCACCAGCCUAAUGUGAAUUCAAUGGGACUUACCAACAGGCAUCAGGAACUCACCAACAGACAUCUCAGAUGACAAAUUUUCAAAACAUGGGCUAUACUGAUAAUCCACAAUCAAUGCCUCAGAUAGGAGAAUUCACAAAAGAUCAAUAUGAGCAGAUAUUACAAAUCCUAAAUAAAACUAACACAGAAGGCAACAACAACAACUCUGCAGCAAAUGUAGCAGAGAUGUUAUCUUCAGGGAAGAUGUGUUUCCAUUCAAGAACACUACUGCAUAUUCACCUCCUAUAUUUCUGUCUCAACCUAAUUUAGACAAUAGACAAUUUGAAGAAUACAAUCAGCAACUUGUUGGUCCCUCUCAAACUUCAAAUACUUAAGUCUAUGAAGCUGAUUACACGGAUACAAAUGUAGAAGAGUUUCAAAAUCCUAACUUACAAGCUAGCACAGAAAGCUUGAAUAUAGCUCCAUCUGCUACUGCAAAUCUACAACAGAAUCACUCAUCAACUGUUCUUCCUACUACCUCAGUGGAUAAUCAACAGAUUCAACAAAAUAUCACUACUAGAAGAUCUGGCAGGGAAAAAUAUCCUCCAAUAUGGAUGAAGGACUUUGUUUCCUUGAAUGUACAUCAUGAUGUCAACUAUCCAAUAUCAAACUAUCUGUCUUAUGAAAACAUUUCA